AUGUUCCAAACCUCUUCCUUACUGGGAAUGUUUCUUCUUGCCCGGCUCGUCACCGGUGCACCUGCAGCUAGCGGGCUCACACCUUCUUCUGCUACUGUUUCCGCCUCCGAAUCUGGUACUGCCUCUUCCAUCGAUACUGCGGCGUCGUCGACUGCUACUGUUCCAUUUGCCAGCUUAGAUCCCAACGAGGCGCUGUGGGACGAUCAGAGCAAUCCAUCGGUGGUUUCUCCGGAACGUGGUCAGCUUGGGGCACCAAUACUUGGUCCAGACAAUAUUCCAAUGGAUCUACAAAAUCCUGACCUUCUGGCACCUCCGACCACCGAUGCUGGAACUGUGAUGAACGCCAAGUGGCCCUUUUCUUUGAGCCACAACCGUUUACAAACUGGUGGCUGGGCCCGUCAAGAGAACAUUGGUGUACUGCCCAUUGCUACCGAAAUGGCAAGCGUCAACAUGCGACUGGAAGCAGGCGCAAUUCGGGAACUUCAUUGGCACAGUACUUCAGAGUGGGCAUAUGUCUUGAAAGGUUCCACACAAAUUACGGCGGUUGAUUCCCAAGGGCGGAACUUCCUAGCUACCGUAGGCCCCGGAGACCUGUGGUACUUCCCGCCCGGAAUUCCUCACUCUCUUCAAGCCACUGCCGAUGACCAAGAAGGCUCUGAAUUUAUUCUGGUUUUUGAUAACGGAGCUUUCAGUGAAGAUUCUACUUUUUUGUUAACCGACUGGCUCGCACACGUUCCGGCGGAAGUCAUUCAAAAGAAUUUCCAAGUUGACCCGCAGGCAUUUGCGCAUAUCCCAGCUCAACAACUCUACAUCUUCCCAAGCGCCCCACCACCUGAUGAUGCUACUCCUCCCGAAAGUCCUCAAGGGACGGUCCCCGAGCCAUUUUCUUUUGCCUUGUCUCAGGUAAACGCUACACAACUGUCGGGUGGUUCGGUCAAGAUUGUGGACUCCACGAAUUUCAAAGUAUCCACUACCAUCGCCAUGGCUGAGGUUACUGUCGAACCGGGCGCAAUGCGGGAGUUGCAUUGGCAUCCGACUCAGGACGAGUGGAGCUUCUUUAUCGAGGGAGAAGGGAGAGUGACGAUAUUCGCAUCUCAAAGCACGGCAAGGACAUUCAAUUAUCAACCCGGAGAUAUCGGUUACGUCCCUGCGUCUAUGGGACACUAUGUUGAGAAUACGGGAAAUACUACUUUGACGUACCUGGAAAUCUUUAACACAGACCGGUUUGAAGAUGUCAGUUUGAAUCAGUGGCUCGCCCUUACUCCACCCGAUCUCGUCAAGGCUCACCUGGAUUUGGAUGAUGCUACCAUUGCGCAGCUUUCCAAGACUAAACCAGUCGUGAUGGGCCCUUAA